AUGGCAAUUCUUUCUUUGGUUCUGACAGCCAUCUUCUGGUUUUCCAUCGCCUCCGGGAAGUCCACGCCCGAACCACCCGGCCCAGAACGCAUUGAGAUCAUCGAACUUCCUCUGCCCCCAGUGGUUGGAAGUAAUGCGACUGGUGCUUGCACGGUGGAAGUGAACCCGCACAAGACGGGCUGUAUCGGGAGAGAAUUUAUUGACUUCCAAUCAGGAGACUUUACUCCGGACGGGGACCAUGUCGUGGUGAAUCUCGAGUUUAUUGGCGCCCCUGCUUCCCCGGAUCCCGCCAACAUCUACACCGGGGAGCAGUUGAUUCUCGUCAAGACCGACGGCACUUUGUUCGCUAAUGGCGACCCUUGGAAGUGCCUUACGUGCGGUGUUCCAGAAAGCAAUGCCCAGUCUCUCGAUCCUCAGAAAGACUAUCCGCAUGUUGCUCGAAGUGGAAAGAAAGCCCUAUGGGGCCACAAUAUUAUUGACUGCGGUGAUUUCCUACUCGCCAGUGAUGACUGCACUCCGGCCAACACUUUCAUCUAUCCCAUCUUCUGGCCGAGCACGUUAGACGGCUCGGGCCCUGGAGGGGUGCCUCGUGAAAUGCGAUUACAUCCUGACGAUGUGCACAUGGGAUGGAGCUCAUUCACUCCAGAUGGCGGCCAAAAUACAUUUUUUGGGCGACUGGAAUUCAACCCGAACCCUUUGACGGGCGCUCCGCUUGCCCCACGAUAUGACCUAGUCGACGUCAACUUGCUUGAAAAUCCCUUUGGACCGUCGAUCCUAGACCUGAAUGAAAAAGGCGAGCUGGAGUUGCACUACGACGCCAUCGGUGUUGGCGAGUUGCGAGGAUUCAGCGGUUCUGGCGACGAGAUUCUCUAUAUUGGUCCUACCCACGAAGCGAACAACCACGACAUCUUUGCAGUGCAUGUCACUACCGGCAAAGUCCGACGUUUGACGAGCCAUCCGGAAUACGCCGACCCUGUGUCCUUUUCGCACGACAACAAAUGGUUCGUGGUGAUGGACACCAGAGGCUCAAACCGCCAGAUGUGGAUGUCCGGAAUGCGCGGCAUCCCCCCAUUGAUCGAUAUCGUGACAGUGGCCGCCGCAGCAUCCACGCGGAACAACCAUCAUCGACGCUUCUUUCAGCCUAUCCUUAUAGAUAGCGAAGGGGACCGCGGCAGCUACUUCGGUCAACAAGUCAAUGCGCACGGUGACGGGUCAGAUGGAAGCCCCAACGACCCCAACUGGAACGGCCGCGCAGACCCUGCAUUCUCUUAUGACGGCACGCAAAUUGUCUACUGGCAAGCUCUUGUGACAGCGCCAGCAUGCGGCGGUGUCAACCCUCUUCCAUGUCCCGAGUCCACAGCCCAGGGCGGCCGUACGUACCGCGUCAUGCUCGCGCGGCUCAAAGACCGCGAACCCACAGUCCCGGAAACGAUCUUCGACAUCCCAGACUUCCUUCCAUGGGCAACCCCAUUUCCUCCCGGCUCGGAAUUCCCAGUGCAAUCGGGAUUACCACAGGGUACAUACACCCUCCGCGGCAAAGUCAGCGGCACAGCCAAUGCAACUUUGAUAGCAGACUCCACCUCCGUGAUCCGGACGGUCUCAGUAGAGUACGACGAUUACUCUGAUGACGGCGAGCACAUUAUCAACGGCUUCGAGUCUGUCACUGGGACUCCAGACCCCACGAAUCCAUGGCUCAGCAAUUUGAAUUGGACCUCGGAUCUCAAAGGCACUGGGGCUGUUACUGCGACUAAGAAGACAGGUCCAGACGGGUUUCAACUUUCUAUCGAUGUGAUGCUCAAUAUCUUCAAUGCGAAUGGGACGCUGACGACGACGAUUGAUGGGGCUGUGUAUGAGCAGCCUGCUAAUGGGACAUAG